GCCCCGGGCGGGGAGGGUCGGUGCUAGGGAAGGGCCUGCCAGGUGAGGCGCGGUCACCCUGGCCCGUUCACUUCCGCCCAGGUGAGGGAGGGCCGGUGUCGUGCCCGCCCGCUCGCUCGCUCCCGAGCCUCCGCCGGACCAGGUUUCUUUAAAAGGGAUUGAAGACAAUCAUUCAAAAUGCCUGAAAAUCCCGCUCCAGAUAAACUGCAGGUCCUACAAGUUCUUGAUCGCCUAAAAAUGAAACUGCAGGAGAAGGGAGAUACAUCACAAAAUGAGAAGCUCUCUCUGUUUUAUGAGACACUAAAGAGCCCUCUCUUCAAUCAGAUACUCACACUUCAGCAGUCCAUCAGGCAACUGAAAGGGCAACUCAGCCACAUACCCUCAGAUUGUUCAGCCAACUUUGAUUUUUCUAGGAAAGGUUUAUUAGUGUUUACAGAUGGUGCCAUUCCUAAUGGGAAUGCCCAAAGACCAUCUAAUAACUCAACUGUCUCUGGGUUAUUUCCUUGGACUCCUAAGUUGGCAAAUGAAGACUUUAACUCAGUCAUUCAACAGAUGGCUCAGGGCCGGCAAAUUGAAUAUAUCGAUAUAGAACGGCCUUCAUCUGGAGGCCUUGGAUUCAGUGUGGUGGCCCUGAGAAGUCACAGUCUGGGACAAGUUGAUAUCUUUGUGAAGGAAGUACAGCCGGGGAGUGUAGUAGACAGGGAUCAAAGAUUAAGGGAAAAUGACCAAAUAUUGGCUAUUAAUGACACACCACUGGAUCAGAACAUUUCCCAUCAGCAAGCGAUUGCAUUAUUACAACAAACCACUGGAUCUCUGCAUCUGGUUGUGGCCAGGGAACUGGCCCACACAAAAACCUCUGCCAGCCUAACUGAUCCUACGCUGCCUGAAACAGUUCAUUGGGGGCAUAUUGAAGAUGUUGAGCUCAUUAAUGAUGGCUCUGGAUUAGGUUUUGGAAUAGUUGGAGGAAAAUCAAGUGGUGUGGUUGUGAGGACGAUCGUUCCUGGAGGAUUAGCAGAUCGAGAUGGAAGACUCCAGACGGGGGACCACAUCUUGAAGAUCGGUGGCACAGAUGUGCAGGGAAUGACCAGCGAGCAAGUUGCGCAAGUGCUAAGGAACUGUGGAAACUCAGUCCGCAUGCUUGUUGCAAGAGCGCCUGUGGGUGCAGUUUCCGUAACCCCUCCUACCCCUGCAGCCUUACCUGUUGCCCUGCCUGCUGUAGCUCACAAGAGCCCUAGUGCUGACAGUUCUCUUUUUGAAACAUAUGAUGUUGAACUCAUGAAAAAAGAUGGACAGAGUCUUGGGAUUAGAAUUGUUGGCUAUAUUGGAGCUGCUCAUACAGGGGAGGCUUCUGGGAUUUAUGUGAAAAGUAUAAUACCUGGCAGUGCUGCUUACCACAAUGGCCAGAUUCAAGUGAAUGACAAAAUAGUUGCUGUGGAUGGUGUGGAUAUUCAGGGUUUUGCCAACCAGGAUGUUGUUGAAGUAUUACGGAAUGCAGGCCAAGUGGUACAUCUAACCCUAGUUCGAAGGGUUCGAAGGGAGGCGUCUUCAUCUGCUUCUCCACUUGAAUGGCCUUCAGACCCAGGAACUGCUGUAAAGCCAUCGGAAACACCAGCCCGCUACCUAACUGGAGCAGUGGAAACGGAAACUGAUCUGGAUGGUGGGGAUGAGGAAACUGAAGAAAGAAUGGAUAAUCUGAAAAAUGACAACAUGCAAGGCGUAGAAAAAUUAGAAAAGGUCCCAGACUCUCCAGAAAAUGAGCUAAAAUCUAGAUGGGAAAACCUGUUGGGCCCGGAUUAUGAAGUAAUGGUUGCUACUUUGGAUACACAGAUUGCAGAUGAUGCUGAAUUACAGAAAUAUUCAAAGCUGCUGCCCAUUCACACUCUUAGGCUUGGCAUGGAAGUGGAUUCCUUUGAUGGGCACCAUUACAUCUCUUCAGUUGCUCCAGGUGGUCCUGUGGAUACACUGAACCUUCUGCAGCCAGAGGAUGAACUUCUUGAGGUCAAUGGUGUGCAACUGUAUGGGAAGUCUCGCCGAGAAGCAGUGUCUUUUCUCAAAGAGGUGCCUCCUCCCUUUACCUUGGUUUGCUGUCGACGACUGUUUGAUGAUGAAGCUUUUGUGGAUGAACCAAGGACCACUGAAGCCCCUCUUCCCAAGAUGGAGGCUGACCACAGUGUAGAAGUCGGUACUGAAGAAGAUGAUGAUGGGGAAUUAGCACUAUGGUCUCCUGAAGUCAAGAUUGUUGAACUGGUUAAAGAUCAUAAAGGCUUGGGAUUCAGCAUCCUGGAUUACCAGGACCCUUUAGAUCCCACAAGAUCAGUGAUUGUGAUCCGUUCCCUGGUGGCAGAUGGUGUUGCAGAAAGAGGGGGAGAGCUAUUACCUGGGGACCGCCUGGUCUCAGUUAAUGAAUACUGUUUGGAAAACACCACACUUGCCGAAGCUGUGGACGUGUUGAAAGCUGUGCCGCCAGGCAUUGUACGCCUCGGCAUCUGUAAGCCCUUGGUGGAAGAUGAUAAAGAGGAAGAAAGUCAUUAUAUUUUACAUUCAAACAACGAUGAAGACAAGACUGAACUUUCGGAAACAAUUCAUGACAUAAAUUCAUCUUUGAUACUUGAAGCACCCAAGGAAUUUAGAGAUGAACCCUAUUAUAAAGAAGAACUUGUAGAUGAGCCAUUCCUCAAUUUGGGAAAGGCUUUUCAGUCCCAACAGAAAGAGAUAGACCACAGCAAGGAGGCCUGGGAGAUGCAUGAAUUUCUGAUUCCUAGAUUGCAGGAGAUGGGGGAAGAGAGAGAGAUGCUUGUUGAUGACGAAUAUGAGCUAUAUCAAGAUCCCUUGCAGUCCAUGGACUUGUAUCCCUCAUCACACCUUCAAGAGGCUGCUCCUGUUCCCUCUGUGAAGGAACUUCACUUUGGCACUCAGUGGUUGCAUGACAGUGAACCACCUGAGCUUCAGGGAGCAAGAUCCAUGGUGAGUCUUUACUCCCCAGAAGCGCAGCAGUACGGCUACAGCAUGGAAAACACGAUGAAAGAAAAUUUUGGCAUCAGUUCCCUACCCUCAUCUGAAGGAAACAGUCAACAAGGCAGAUUUGAUGAUCUGGAAAAUCUUAAUUCGUUAACAAAAAGCAGUCUGGAUUUAGGCAUGAUGAUUCCAAAUGAUGUCCAGGGUCCUGGCUUGCUUGUUGAACUCCCGGAUGUAGCUCAAAGAAGGGAGCAAGAAGAUUUGCCCUUAUACCAACUCCCCAGGACCCGGGUUGUGUCCAAGGCCUCGGCAUACACAGGACCAUCGUCUUCCAGAUAUACCGCUGAUGCAUGUGAGUUACCUGAGAGAGAAGAAGGUGAAGGAGAAGAAACACCAAACUUUAGCCACUGGGGUCCACCAAGAAUUGUUGAGAUAUUUAGAGAACCCAAUGUGUCUCUUGGUAUUAGUAUUGUUGGUGGACAAACUGUUAUAAAACGCCUGAAGAAUGGAGAGGAACUGAAAGGUAUAUUUAUCAAACAAGUUUUAGAAGACAGUCCAGCGGGAAAAACAAAUGCUCUUAAAACAGGAGAUAAAAUACUCGAGGUGUCUGGAGUAGAUUUGCAGAAUGCCUCUCACAGAGAAGCAGUUGAGGCCAUUAAGAAUGCAGGAAAUCCCGUGGUAUUCGUUGUUCAGAGCUUGUCAUCCACUCCAAGAGUCCUUCCUAGUGUGCAUAACAAGGCUAACAAAAUCGCUAAUAACCAGGACCAAAACACCGAAGAAAAAAAGGAAAAGAGACAAGGAACUGCUCCCCCUCCAAUGAAAUUGCCACCUCCUUAUAAAGCUCCAUCUGAUGAUAGUGAUGAAAAUGAGGAAGAAUAUGCAUUUACCAACAAAAAAAUCAGGCAAAGAUAUGCAGACCUGCCUGGAGAAUUGCACAUUAUUGAGCUUGAAAAGGAUAAGAAUGGACUUGGACUCAGCCUUGCUGGUAAUAAGGACCGGUCACGCAUGAGCAUAUUCGUGGUGGGAAUUAACCCCGAAGGCCCUGCUGCCCUAGACGGGCGAAUGCGUAUUGGAGAUGAACUGUUGGAGAUAAAUAAUCAGAUCCUGUAUGGAAGAAGUCACCAAAAUGCAUCUGCCAUUAUUAAGACCGCCCCAUCAAAGGUCAAGCUGGUUUUCAUCAGAAAUGAAGAUGCAGUCAAUCAGAUGGCUGUUGCUCCCUUUCCAGUACCAUCAAGCUCCCCAUCUUCUAUUGAGGAUCAGAGUGGUACGGAACCUGUUAGCAGUGAGGAUGAUGGCAGUCUCGAAGUUGGUAUUAAACAAUUGCCUGAAAAUGAAAGCUCCAAACUGGAGGACAUCUCCCAGGUGGCUGGCCAGCAGAAGGCACCGGAGUGUCCAACGGACAAUGCUGUCAGCCAGAUGAAACAGCAGCAAAAAUAUUCAGCAAAAGUCUCCUUCAGUUCACAAGAGAUCCCUUUAGCACCAUCGUACCACUCAAUGGAUGCGGAUUUCACAAACUAUGGUGGUUUCCAGGCCCCUCUGUCAGUGGACCCUGCCACAUGUCCCAUUGUUCCUGGCCAGGAGAUGAUUAUAGAAAUAUCCAAGGGACGUUCAGGUCUUGGUCUCAGCAUUGUGGGAGGAAAAGACACGCCUUUGGAUGCUAUAGUUAUACACGAAGUCUACGAAGAAGGAGCAGCAGCCAGAGAUGGAAGACUUUGGGCUGGUGACCAGAUAUUAGAGGUUAAUGGGAUUGACCUGAGGAGCGCUGGCCACGAAGAAGCCAUCACAGCCCUGAGGCAGACCCCCCAGAAGGUACGACUGGUGGUGUAUAGAGAUGAAGCACACUACAGGGAUGAGGAGAACUUGGAGAUUUUCCCAGUGGAUCUGCAGAAAAAGGCUGGCCGAGGACUGGGUCUGAGCAUCGUUGGGAAACGAAAUGGAAAUGGAGUGUUUAUUUCUGACAUCGUCAAAGGUGGAGCUGCAGACCUGGAUAGGAGACUGAUUCAGGGAGAUCAGAUCUUAUCUGUGAACGGGGAGGACAUGAGAAAUGCCUCACAGGAGACGGUGGCCACUGUCCUCAAGUGUGCACAGGGGCUGGUGCAGCUAGAGAUUGGAAGACUCCGAGCUGGUUCCUGGACCUCCUUGAGGAAGACCUCACAGAAUAGUCAGGGAAGCCAACACAGCACCCACAGCAGCUUCCAUCCCUCCCUGGCUCCUGUCAUCACCAGCCUGCAAAACCUGGUUGGCACAAAAAGAGCUCCAGAUCCUUCCCCCAAAAGUUCAGGUACAGAUAUGGGACCAAGGACUGUUGAGAUCGUCAGGGAGCUCAGCGAUGCCCUUGGAAUCAGUAUUGCUGGAGGAAAAGGAAGUCCCUUAGGAGAUAUCCCCAUAUUUAUUGCCAUGAUUCAGGCCAGUGGUGUGGCUGCACGUACCCAGAAGCUUAAGGUUGGAGAUCGGAUUGUCAGCAUUAAUGGGCAACCUUUGGAUGGGCUGUCUCACGCGGACGUGGUUAAUCUGCUAAAGAACGCCUACGGGCGUAUUAUCCUACAGGUUGUAGCAGAUACCAAUAUAAGCGCCAUAGCAACUCAGCUUGAACACAUGUCUCCAAGCUACCACCUUGGUUCUCCCACCGCUGAACACCACCCAGAAGACACAGAAACACCUCCACCUAAGAUUAUUACUUUGGAGAAAGGCUCUGAAGGAUUGGGGUUUAGUAUUGUAGGGGGUUAUGGAAGUCCCCAUGGAGACCUGCCAAUUUAUGUCAAGACUAUAUUUGCAAAGGGAGCAGCUGCAGACGACGGCCGGUUGAAGCGAGGCGAUCAGAUUUUAGCUGUUAAUGGCGAGACGCUGGAAUGUGUUACUCAUGAGCAAGCUGUGGCCAUUCUAAAACGCCAGAAAGGGACUGUAAUCUUAACUGUGCUGUCCUGAGCCUCGGGUCCUAAUCACAAGAUAGAUGCUGUAGAAUAUCCAUAGAAAGAUGAAGCUUUGAGGAUAAAAAGCAGCCUCCACUAGAAUUCACCUUCAUUUAUCACCUCACCCUCCUGG